UAGAUAAAAAACCAGAAGAUAAUAAGGAGACAGACAAAAAUACUGUAAGAAGGGACUGGCUAAGAAAUAAGCAAAUUAUAGUAUAUAAUUGGGUUGAAAUAGAUGAUUACUUAACUUUUCUGACACAAAUGAGUGUUUUGGUCCAUUAUAAAGUUUAUAGAGUACUGGUUGACCUUCUUUUAUUAAAUAAGAAUCAAUUGUAA